UGCCGAUCCAUCUGAAUCUGAUGAUAUAAAGCAGUGGGGAAGAAGGUAAUUAAGGUAGCUAAGAAUUAAGAUAUGACGGGAAUGAAGAAAUGCCGGCGUUCCUUUUGUUUAUACAGAGCAGUGGCGGCGGCAUCCAGCAGCUUGCUUCUUUUGUUUAUGGCGGUCGCCGCCUUUGCUGUUACGGCGGAGGCGGGUAGCAGUUCCCCUGACUACAAUGUAAUAAUGGAGCUGAGAAAGAGCAUAGGGUUGACGAGCGACGCGGAUUGUAAUUAUACGAAAAUUCCGUGCGACUGCGGGGCGGAGGGGUCGGGGCUGCUGGAUGUGCGUUGCGAUCUGGAGGGUAGAGGGCGGGUUACCUACCUCACCUUCCAAGGGGCCUCCGGCGGGAGUCUGCCAGCCAGUCUCGAAGCCCUCCCCGAGUUGAGCAUAUUCGAAGCGCCGGGGAAGAACCUCCACGGGGCCAUUCCCAACUUUGGCGAGGCCAUCUGGGAAAUCUCCCUCAACGAUAACCACUUCACUGAAAUAGUCCCGCAAAAGCUGUUCGAAUCCAAGCCUCAGCUCUCAAUGUUUGUUCUAUCCAACAACCCUUCCCUCAACAAAUGGGCCAUCCCUGACGCUCUCAAGGGCUCCCCAAAGCUCGACUAUUUCUCCGCCGACGGUUGCAACAUGGAGGGGCCCUUCCCGGACAUCUUCAACCCCGUGAAUUUCCCCCUCUUAAGAGUCCUUACCUUGUCCAGCAAUAGUCUCACCGGUUCUAUCCCUGAAAGCAUUGCGGAGUUGACCCAACUUCAGACGCUGGAUGUUUCAAAUAAUCAGCUCACUGGUUCUGUCCCGGAUUCGACGAUUGCAAAUUUGAUCAGCCUUUGGCACCUCAAUCUUGCGAAUAAUCAGCUUACUGGCCCCAUCCCUUCAGCCCUUGCAGGUCUGGACCAACUUGAGCAAAUCGACCUUUCUAAUAAUCAAUUCACUGGCUCUAUCCCUCAAAACAUUGCAAGUUUGACCAACCUUACGCACCUCCGGCUUUCUAAUAAUCAACUUACGGGCGAUAUCCCUCAAAACCUUGCAAGUUUGCCUCAACUUGACUUAAUCGAUCUUUCUAAUAAUCAGUUUACUGGCACUGUCCCCAAUUUUCCUUCUACCGUCACAGUCAUUACAUGUGGGAAUGUGGACUUGUCUGAAGGAAAAGGAGGGUCAUGUUAGAGCUCAUCAUCAUAUCGAGCUUAACUUAGGAUGGUGAUGUUUAAUGUGUUUGAUUUCAAAGUUUCUUCGCUUUAAUAUAAUGGUUUCAAUUAACAUGAUCGAUCAUGCAUUUAUCUGUGUCUCAAUCAAGAGCUACUAUAAUAUAUGGCGUUUAUAACCUAGCUUUUACCAUGAUCUUCAUCGAGCAUGUUUUGUAAUACUACGAAUUCCUAUUCAAAAG